CGCACAAUACGCAGCGUAGGUAGACCAGAAGGAUGCGCAUGCGUAUUCAACAUAGGAAGGACGCUGGCCGUUUUGGUUAUGAUGGCGGUUGCAGAAGCUGAGCGGAAAGUGGUCGACACCCAGCCUGAGGUGGCUGUUCCGCCCAUGGACGGGCUGCAGCUGGUCCAGCAGGGGGCCGAGGCCCGGGUCUAUCGGGGCCGCUUCCUAGACCGGCCAACUGUGAUGAAGCACCGCUUCCCCAAGCGUUACCGGCACCCAGUGCUCGAGGAAAGACUGAGCCGUCGGCGGACGACGCAGGAGGCCCGUUCCUUGCUACGCUGCCGACGAACAGGGAUUUCUGCACCCGUCGUAUACUUUGUGGACUAUGUUUCCAACUGUAUAUAUCUUGAAGAUAUUGUGGACUCAACUACAGUCCGUGACUAUAUCAUUUCUGAACAGCAAUCUACGAAUGGUCCCAGCAAUCUCUUUCUGCUAGCAGAGAAAAUAGGUGAGAUCCUGGCACGUAUGCACGAUGAAGAUCUUGUACAUGGGGAUCUAACAACUUCUAACAUGCUGUUGCGACCACCAAUAGAAAAGAUGGAGCUAAUAUUAAUAGAUUUUGGACUGAGUUUUAUUUCUGCCCUGCCUGAGGAUAAGGGUGUUGAUUUGUAUGUCUUGGAGAAAGCCUUUUUGAGUACCCACCCAAACACAGAGGCUCUGUUUGAAGCACUCUUGAAGAAGUACUCUGCUGCAUCUAAAAAAUCAGCUCUAGUAAUUAAAAAACUAGAUGAAGUACGGCUAAGAGGACGAAAGAGGUCUAUGGUUGGAUAAAAGAGCACAAACUGUGUGUACUAUGAGAGUAUUUAAACGUUUUCAGUUGUGUUGGAUUAUGUAAUAAAACCUAGCCUUUUUCAUUGCUUUGGAUUUAUUCAAUAAAUUGUUGAAGUUUUAUGGCUAGG